ACAGUGCUGGUGAGAGAACUGGGUAAGGUUUGAUGUCUAAGCCAUGCUGGGGCCAGCUCUGCGUUUGCUCCUGCUGGCUCGUUCUGUCUGUAUUCCUGCAGUCCGAUGGCCGCUUGGACUCACAUCCAGAAGGAUACUGGACACAGACUUAGGCCACAAACCUCCAAGGACUCACUUUCUCUGACCACAGGCCUCCCCUCCCUGGCAUGCACACCCCAAGGAUAGUCUUUUUCAUUCUCUUGGGGUCCUGUCUGCUUAUGCAAAGCACUGCUUCCUGCAGAUGCAGAUGUGCUGUAUGUCCAACAAGGUGGCACCGUCUGCCUGGUAUUUCUUUCUGCUGCUCAUGAUCACCUGUCAAAGCUUGCUUUGUGUUAGCCAGCUCUCUGUUGCUGUGACAGAUGCCUGAAGUAAUCGACUUAGGAUGAGAAAAGGGUUGGGAUGGCUCAUGAGUUUAGAAGCUCCAGUCCACGACUGGUGGGUACUGAUGCUUUUAGGUGUACGUUAGGUCCUACUUCGUGGUGCUCCAUGUGGCAAGCCAGAACUCUCCCUCAAAGCCAGGAAUGAGAGACAAGAGAAGAGGAAGCGGGGGGAGUCCUUUUUUCCCCUCUGAAGGCGAGUCCCCAGUGUUCUAGGCCCCACCUCUUAAAAAUGUCUACGACCUCCCAAUAAUAACCCAAUACCGCAGUUGUUCAGGAAGUUCAACAAGCUGGAAAGGGAGGCCUGGGACUACAGCUUAGUGGUAGAGUGUGUACAGCGGGUGUGAGGCUCUUACUGUCAGAGGCGGGCUUGGGGAGGGCCUGAGAGUCUGAGGCUGUGUGGGACUGACUGGGUAGAGUGAGCGACCAAAGGGAAGGACAGCAGGGAAGGCAGAGGCCAGAGAAUACGAAGGAAGGGCGUAGGUUGGUGUUAAGGCCCUGACCUUCACUUUUUGAGUGGUAUGAGGUCAUGGAAGCAUUGGGAACCUUGAGGGCCAGGGUCAGCCUGUGGCUACACUGUUGCGAUUCCACUGGAGCCCUGGUGGGAAGAAGCAGGAGGAACUUGGGAACAGCUGCGGUAAUGGGAGUGGCUGGAUGCUUGGACCUGGGGGUGGGUGUUAGACCUAGGACUGGAGGGACUCUGAGACUUAAGUCGUCAUUUAAAUAAAGGUUCUUGUAGGAGAGCUCCUGGUCUGACUUUUAAUGAUGGAGGGAAACUGAAGCUCAAUAAAGAAAGUUUCCUGUCCAAGUUGCCAAACAUUGGACUCUCAGUCCAGUAGUUUGCAGCUGAGCGGAGUGGUCCCUUGAAGGAGGGCUGUGCAGGCUCUUGAGCCACGGGCAGAAGGGACGGCUGGCUCCACAAUGCUGUGGCUGAGCAGUGAGAUCUGACAGUGCCAGCGGCCUCAGGGCUGGCAGCCUCUGCUUGGCACGCCAGGCCUUCGGCAGCGCUCUCUGGGCUUCUGCCCAGGAUUUUGACUCUAGUUGGACUGCAGUGUUGGUGAUGUCCCAGGCCCUGGGCACAUCAAAGCCAGAGUCCACAGUGUUCUUCCUUGAGCAUUUACUGAGCUUCUGCUGAGGUAAGGACAGGGACCAGGAAGAGACCCUCCUGUCCUCCAGGAGCUGACAAGCCUUCAGACUGACAGGGCAGCCAGAGGGGUGUGUGUGUGUGUGUGUGUGUGUGUGUGUGUGUGGUGGAGGUGGGGCAAAGUGUCCGCGUGUGAGCAUGUGCAAGACUAGCUAAGGUCAGAGGAGCACUGGUCUAAGGUAUGAACCAGCCUCCAUAGCCCCUAUCUCCCCAGUGUGCAGCUAGAGCUCAGGCCUGCCACCGUGGUCCGAUUCAAUCUGUGGUAGAUAGCAUCUGUUGUAACAAAGGCACACAGAAGGCCAGCGUGUCAUUGAGAGCAGAUAUCACUUCCAGCAGGAAGACCUGCCGCGCUCUUGACGUCAUCUCUUGUCAGGAGGCUUCUGUGUCUCCUUGGCAUUUCUUUGGAAGGGGCUGUGGUUGGUCACUGAUGGUUUGGGCACUGGAGACUCUGAUGACAGGCUUUGCCGUGGAUAGGCCUGAACCAGCUUUGAAGAGUAGGACCUGGUGUCGCCUUCAGACUUCCGCCGGAGGGCCGCCUGGAGAAGGUCUUCAUUGAAUUCUGUCAUGGUUAUCUAAGGAAUCUUGCCUAGAAAGUUCCCACAAGCACGCAGCUCCCUGCCGCCUGGAAGGCGUGGACUCCAAGAUGAUCAUAAAGGAAUACCGGAUUCCCCUGCCAAUGACCGUGGAUGAAUACCGCAUCGCCCAGCUGUACAUGAUACAGAAGAAGAGCCGAAAUGAGACCCAUGGGCAAGGCAGCGGAGUGGAGAUCCUGGAGAACCGGCCCUACACAGAUGGUCCUGGCGGCUCUGGGCAAUACACCCACAAGGUGUAUCAUGUGGGCAUGCACAUUCCUGGCUGGUUUCGCUCCAUCUUGCCCAAGGCAGCCUUGCGGGUGGUGGAGGAGUCCUGGAAUGCCUACCCCUAUACCCGAACAAGGUUCACCUGCCCCUUUGUGGAGAAGUUCUCCAUUGACAUUGAAACCUUUUAUAAGACAGACACUGGGGAAAACAAUAAUGUGUUCAACCUGUCUCCUGUGGAAAAGAGCCAGCUGGUAACAGACGUCAUCGACAUCGUCAAGGACCCUGUGCCCCCCAGUGAGUAUAAGACCGAAGAAGACCCCAAGCUGUUCCACUCGGUCAAGACCUGCCGGGGGCCUCUUUCUGAGAACUGGAUUCAGGAGUACAAGAAGCGGCUCCUCCCCAUCAUGUGCGCCUACAAGCUCUGCAAGGUGGAGUUCCGAUACUGGGGCAUGCAGUCCAAGAUUGAGAGGUUCAUCCAUGACACAGGUCUGCGGCGGGUGAUGGUGAGGGCCCACCGGCAGGCCUGGUGCUGGCAGGAUGAGUGGUACGGACUGACCAUGGAGAAAAUCCGAGAGCUGGAGAGGGAGGUACAGCUCAUGCUGUCCCGCAAAAUGGCCCAGUUUUCGGAGGAAGGACCCUCCGAACUAAGCAAGGACAGUACUACCAAGGACCAGGCAUCCGGAACAACCCCUGAUCCAGGCAGCAAAAACGGGGAGCCUCUGGGGCGGGGCCUGAAGAAGCAGUGGUCCACCUCCUCCAAGUCCUCGCGGUCCUCCAGGCGGGGAGCCAGUCCCUCCCGACACAGCAUCUCAGAGUGGAGGAUGCAGAGUAUCGCCAGGGACUCCGACGAAGGCUCAGAAGAGGAGUUCUUUGAUGCACAUGAGAACCUGUACUACACAGAGGAAAAACAAGCCAAGGACAUGACCAAGUGGAACUCCAAUGACCUCAUGGACAAAAUGGAGACCCCGGAGUCUGAGGACUCACAAGAUGGAAUCUACCAGCAGAGUGGCUCUGAGUUCAGGGUAGCCUCCAGUGUGGAGCAGCUGAACAUCAUUGAGGAUGAGGUGAGCCAGCCACUAGCCGCGCCACCCUCCAAGAUUCACGUGCUGCUGCUGGUGCUGCAUGGAGGCACCAUCCUGGACACGGGAGCGGGGGACCCCAGCUCCAAGCAGGGGGACACCAAUACUAUCACCAACGUGUUCGACACCGUCAUGCGCGUGCACUACCCCAGUGCCCUAGGCCACCUAGCCAUCCGCCUGGUGCCCUGCCCACCCAUCUGUGCCGAUGCCUUCGCCCUCGUCUCCAACCUCAGUCCCUAUGGCCAUGAUGAGGGCUGUCUGUCUAGCAGCCAGGACCACAUCCCCCUGGCUGCCCUGCCCCUGCUGGCCACUUCCUCACCCCAGUACCAGGAGGCAGUUGCUACAGUGAUUCAGCGGGCCAACCUGGCCUACGGAGACUUCAUCAAGUCCCAGGAAGGUGUGACCUUCAACGGACAGGUCUGCCUGAUUGGAGACUGUGUUGGGGGCAUCCUGGCGUUUGAUGCCUUAUGCUACAGUGGCCAGCCAGUGUCUGAGAGUCAAAGCAGUAGCCGCCGGGGCAGUGUGGUCAGCAUGCAGGACGCUGACCUGCUGUCCCCGGGCACCCUGGCGAAUGCAGCACACUGCUCCGGUGGCAGUGGCGGUGGCGGCGGCGGAGGCUCCAGCCUGGAGAGCAGUCGGCACCUGAGUCGCAGCAACAUUGACAUCCCCCGAAGCAACGGCACCGAGGACUCCAGAAGGCAGCUGCCCCGCAAAAGGAGUGACUCGUCCACCUAUGAGCUGGACACCAUCCAGCAGCACCAGGCCUUCCUAUCCAGCCUCCACGCCAGCGUGCUGAGGAAUGAGCCCAGCUCCCGCCGUUCAAGCAGUUCCACGAUGCUAGACGGUGCCGGGGCCCUGGGCAAGUUUGACUUCGAGAUCGCCGACCUCUUCCUCUUCGGGUGCCCACUAGGGCUAGUCCUAGCCUUGAGGAAAACGGUCAUCCCCUCCCUGGACGUUUUCCAGCUGCGGCCAGCGUGUCAGCAAGUGUACAACCUCUUCCACCCCGCGGACCCCUCAGCCUCCCGCCUGGAGCCACUGCUGGAGCGGCGUUUCCACAGCCUGCCACCCUUCAGCAUCCCUCGGUACCAGCGCUACCCGCUGGGGGACGGCUGCUCCACACUGCUGGUCGAGACCGUGCAGAGAAACCCAGAGCUGGUCCUGGAGGGCGGCCCCCUGGCCCCCCUCCCCCACGGGGACAGCUUCCUGGAGACCAGUAUCCCCGUUCCUGCGCUCACCUGGCAGGAUGGGCCCCGCCAGAGCCUGGGCUGUUCUGAGUCGGAUGUGCUUCAGACCCACAACACAGUCUUCCAAGAGCAUGCAGCCCCCUCAUCACCUGGCACCGCCCCUGCUGGCCGUGGCUUCCGCAGAGCCAGUGAGAUCAGCAUCGCCAGUCAGGUGUCCGGCAUGGCCGAGAGCUACACAGCAUCCAGCAUCGCCCAGAAGGGUCCCUCGUCGCUCAACCACACCCCCAGCAUCAGGCGCCUAUCCUUGCUCGCCCUGCCCCCCCCAUCCCCUACCACCCAGGGUCCCCGUGCCAGGGCAAGGCAGGUGAGCCCCAACCUGGAGAGGGCCCCCUGCCUCCCUGACUUGGACAUCGGAGAAGUUGCUGCCAAGUGGUGGGGCCAGAAGCGGAUUGACUACGCCCUGUACUGCCCGGACGCCCUCACAGCCUUCCCCACGGUGGCCCUGCCCCACCUCUUCCACGCCAGCUACUGGGAGUCAACCGAUGUGGUCUCCUUUCUGCUGAGACAGGUCAUGCGGCACGACAGCUCGAGCAUCCUAGAGCUGGACGGCAAGGAGGUGUCCGUGUUCACGCCUUCGCAGCCCAGGGAGAAGUGGCAGCGCAAGAGGACCCACGUGAAGCUGCGGAACGUGGCAGCCAACCACCGGAUCAAUGACGCAGUUGCCAAUGAGGAUGGCCCACAGGUUGUGACAGGCCGGUUCAUGUAUGGGCCCUUGGACAUGGUCACCCUGACUGGGGAAAAGGUGGACGUGCACAUCAUGACGCAACCACCUUCAGGUGAGUGGCUGUACCUAGACACUCUAGUGACCAACAGCAGCGGGCGCGUCUCCUACACCAUUCCAGAAACACACCGCCUGGGGGUGGGCGUCUACCCCAUCAAGAUGGUGGUCAGGGGAGACCACACAUUUGCCGACAGCUACAUCACCGUGCUCCCCAAGGGCACAGAGUUCGUGGUCUUCAGUAUCGACGGCUCCUUUGCCGCCAGUGUGUCCAUCAUGGGCAGCGACCCCAAGGUGCGCGCCGGGGCUGUGGACGUGGUGCGACACUGGCAGGACCUGGGCUACCUCAUCAUCUAUGUGACCGGCCGGCCCGACAUGCAAAAGCAGCGGGUGGUAGCAUGGCUGGCUCAGCACAAUUUCCCUCACGGUGUGGUGUCCUUCUGUGAUGGCCUGGUGCAUGACCCACUGCGCCAUAAGGCUAACUUUCUGAAGCUGCUCAUCUCUGAGCUGCACCUGCGCGCGCAUGCGGCCUACGGCUCCACGAAGGAUGUGGCGGUCUAUAACUCCAUCAGCCUCUCUCCCAUGCACAUCUACAUCGUGGGCCGACCCACCAAGAAGCUACAGCAGCAGUGCCAGUUCAUCACGGAUGGCUACGCGGCCCACCUGGCCCAGCUCAAGUACAAUCACCGGGCUCGCCCAGCCCGGAACACGGCCACGCGCAUGGCUUUGCGCAAGGGCAGCUUCGGCCUACCUGGCCAGAGUGACUUCCUGCGCUCCCGGAAUCACCUGCUCCGCACCAUCUCGGCCCAGCCCAGUGGGCCCAGCCAUCGGCACGAUCGGACCCAGACCCAGAUGGACAGCGAGCAGCGGGGCCAGCGCAGCAUGAGCAUGGCGGCCAGCUGCUGGGGCCGGGCCAUGGCAGGCCGGCUUGAACCAGGGGCAGCCACGGGACCCAAGUAGGACACUCUCAGGAGGCGCUGUGGUCUCCAUGGUGCUAGGCCAGGGCACCGGCCCUCCUGGGAGGCCUGGCCUGGGCAGCACACGUUGGUGGCUGGGGACACGCACAGACAUGGCCUGAGAGCGACCCAGGGCCCCUUGGAAGACAUGGCCAUGCCAACACAGCCCUCCCAGCCUUGCCUGAUGCCCUAGGCUCUGAGGAGCCCAGCUGGUCAUGGGACCUGGCAGGACGUCCAGCCCAUGAUGGGAGAGGAGCCAGGAUCGGUAGGCCACCUAGCCCAGUCUGGGAGGCAUUCCUGGGCAUCUUGCUCCGUGUUGAUCUCUCAGCCUCCUGGUGCCAGUCGUGGGUCUUGGCCCUGCCUGCCACCUCCCUGUCCACUGGCGCCCCUUCCUAUUUGGUAGUGGCUCCAAUGGGGUCCAGCCCGCUUCUUGUUGACUCCAGUUCUCAACUGUCCAACCUCACUGGUUUUGCACUAGUUUUUGAGAGUGGAGACCUGUUACCAUCUCCUGGCCCUAGACAUGUUGACAUGCAUGAAAAUCCAGUCUCUGCUGACCCAGGCCAGGGCCUGUCACCACACAGAGUGGUCCAGUGUGGAAAACCUUCACGCAGGCAGGAGAGAAAGGCCAUACAUAUCGUAAUUUCUGCUGCCUGCCCGGUCUGUCGACACCACAGCGGCCCAGUGGCAGUCCCAGACUGCUACCCACCCAUCCACCUGCCCCACCCAGAGCUCAGUGCAGUUCCGGAACUGAUGUCACUGGCUCUUGGUAGCCCACCUUGGGCAGCUGGACCUGGAGAAGCCUGGCCUCCACCGUUGCUCCUCGCCUGUCCUGGGCUGGGGCCCUGUGCCACGGCUGCUGCCCACCAUGUUUCUACGCCUUUCUACUUCUCCAUCUGGUUUCUAUAAGGUUUUGUUUUGUUUUGUUUUUUAAAAACAGGCAAUCCUCGGCUGCUUCCUUUUCUUAACUCAGUGUCAGCGCAGCCUGCUACAUUAGGAACACCCAGCACUGUGACAGGGCCCUACUAAGUCUGGCCUGUGGGCCCUGCACCUGGCCCACGAUUCCACUGACUUCCUACUCUGGGGCGGGUGGGGCUCUUAGGUUUUCUUAACGCCGUUUCGUUUAAUGUCGACUCCAGGAAGCCACAGCUCACUCUCUAGCCUAUGGGCACACAGCCAUCUUAUUGCUCCCCAAAUACGGAAGGGUGACCUACACACUGGGUCUGAGCCCCCGCCUUCCUCACAGCACUGACCACACCUCUCCUGCACCUUCCCUGCGUUGGCUGAGCCCAUGGAGCUCGGGCCCACGGUCCAGCGAUGGGGCUCUGUGCCUGAGUCGCUGCCAGGCUGGACUCGGACGCAGAGCCGCGUGGCUGGGCCCAACAGGGGUACAGGAGGCACUGACUUUGCUGUGUAGCUAUGUACAGCACAGGCGCGUGGGACUCCUGCCACGGCGAGCCUACACGGGAAGAAAGCUAUUUAUUUUGUGCAGAGGGGGAAAAAAAUGUCUGGAGGGGUGAGACUUUCAGGGUCUUCUCAUAAGGUGUAGCUUUGUGUUGUUUCCAGCGUUCUGUAUAAAGCAGUGAUUAUUUUAUGGACCAAGAUUCCAUGGAACUGUCACAGUAAAAGUGCAAUAUUUGUCCCACCACUCCCCACUGGGGGCCCCACAGGAAGCUGCUGGCCCGACAAUCACUGCCCCACCGGGGGCCCCGGGGGUCAGGGCCUCCUCCCUCAGCCCCACCCGUCCUGCUUCAGCCUAGGUGACCAGCCAUUGUGAGAAGCUCAAGCCACCUGCAGUAAGGCAGGAGAGGCCUGGGGCCGGCAGGCUUGGUCUCUCCCCUGGGCAGCCCCUGUGGCUCUAAAUGCCCAUGCCUGCCCAGCUGUCAGCCAUGCCAAGGACAACAGCAAUAGUCCCCUGGGCCGUCCCAGGGCCCUCAGCCAUAGAUGGUGAGACGGGCAGCCUCCCUCCAAAACCUCACUCAAGUCUGCUUUUUGUCUCCCUUAAGAUUCCCUUUGGCUUGUUCUCUUGAGGAAGCCCCACUUCUACAGAAAGUAAGAGAGGAAGGUCAAAGUCCUUUAAAAAUACCAAAAAAAUGUUUACAGUGUCAGGUGCUGAGCUGCAGGGCUCAGGCCCGGCCAUUCGUAACCAAAGGGUGAGGCAGACCUUGCUGACUGCCCCCACCCCAGGCCUGUUAGAAUAGAAGCCUUAGUCAGUCCCUCCCAUCCCCAGUCCCCAGGACUGAGCCUCGAUGCCACCCAUCACCAACCACCUGCCUUCUCUUUGAUUUCUAAAGAAGGAUUCUGCAAAGUUCCCCAUCCCUUUUCCCGGCUCUGUGGGAGCCACCACCCUCCCGUUUCACCUUCACAUCUCAGACCCCCAUCUGUCCCUGUACUGUCUUGUUUCUCCGGAUCGUUGUGUGAACUGUCCUGACCCCACCCCAUGCUGUCUGGCCUGAGUGUGCUCUCUGUAUACCGUGUCACAGUCUGUUACACCAAUUAAAGAAGCAGGA